AUGACAGAAACACCGAUCAAAGCGCAACUGAUCCCUCAGGUGCAAGUCACCCAUCCAGAAACUCCGAGAGCUGCAUGUAAAUCUGGAGGGCCUGGAGGAAACGGUGCUGGGAAUGGCACUGGAAACUUACAGCAUUCAAACAAGCUUGGAACAACACCAUCUUUUAGCUUUGGCCUUGGCUUUCUGCCAUCGUUCCAACUUGGAUCCCCAAGAAACAUGAACUUGAUGUCCGUGUUUUCACCUCAGAGGUUCUUUCAAAUUUCCAAUAGUUUGAACAAGGCCAUUGAAGGCAAUACACAAGGUAAUCAUCAACUGGGUCACAGUAGAAAAUUUCUGGAAGGAGAAAUUGAUGUCGAAGAAAACGUCUUCCAUUCAUUUAAUCCUCUGCUUACCAGUAAGUCAGACGUGAAGUUUUUGGAAUCACUUUCAUCCUCAGUCAACCCCAAAAAGCAUGAUGACGAGAGUAUUCAGGUGGACAUUAAUGAAUCAAUGCAGUCACAGAGUACUACGGAAGACCAUUUGGACCUCUGGUCCUUAAACCAACAUACAUUGUCCUCCAUUUACGAAGAAGCUUCUCCUAUGAUGGCUUCAAAAGGAAUACAUAGUGGGAAGGAACAACACGGUACUGCAUUUUUAACCCCAAACAAAUUAUUUUUAAAUAAUAAUAAUAAAGAUAAGAAUCUUAAAGCAUCAAAAGCAUUGCUAGCUGAAUUAACACUAGCCAACGAGGAGAACGAGGAUUUUGAACUGAAAAUCGAAGAAGAAGGAGAAGGAGACAAGAGUGAAGAGGAUGCAAUCAUGAGAGAAGAACCUUCAAAGAGUGCAAAUGGACAGUCUCAUCAAUCAAGUAAUGAGGAUUGCAACACUGAGAACGAAGAAGAAAAGGAAAACCAUGUUUCAAAGAAGCGUAAAACUUCAUUUUCUCCUGAUUCUCCAUCAACUUCGAUAGCUUCUCAAGUUGAAACUAUAGCAUCUCCAAGAGGGAACAGCAGCAGACGUAAAUUGUCUGUUGUAUCAAAUGCAUCUACUAAUAUGGCAACUUCUUCUACUGAGUACAUUAACAAAUCGUGGGAUGCUGACUUAGAUGAUAUCUUGUUAAACUCAUACCACAAGUACAAAACUUUCAAGGAGAACCAACCAUCAGAGUCAUCUAUCUUGAAAAAGGCAUCUCAGAACAAGGUAUUGUCUAGAAUGAUUGAAAACAAAUGUGGAACAAUAAAAUCACCACAACAAAUCGCCAGUAGGUUGAAUAAAUUAUUAAGAAAAUUGUCAUCAGUUGCUCAAAUCGCUCCUCUGGCUUCGAAACCAGAAGAAGCAAAUGAUUAUGUACGCACACCUAUGAGCAGCAUUGUCAACAAGAAAUGUGAAUCAGCAUCUAAUUCCGCAAGUGCUCAAUCUGCAUUACAGACUAGCAAAGAUGUAGACUUGUCCUCGUCACCAUUUGUACCUUUAAGCAAAGCCAAUGCGUUGAAAUCAUCUCCAAUUAUAGCUGAAGCAAGGGAUAAGGCAUUUUUUGAAUUAAAUCCAAAGGAAGUAUGCAUUUCGUUUGAUAGUAGGAACAACAAUGAAACCCAUUUCUUCAGUAGAUACGAAAAUGGUAAGGAUGGUUUACCUUCUAGAUCUAGCAUGUCUAUUAUGGAUUUAUCGCAGACAAUUUGUUCUUCCUUGUAUGAAGAAUUGAAGCUGAUCUCAAAAGUGUUGAUUCAAAGCAAGAUCCCUGUUUGUGAAGUGAAACAUUCUGUUGCCUUAACAAAAGACAAUUCGUUUACACCAAAUUCUUCUGCUUCUCCGUUCACAUCAACCCCUGUUCCAAGAAAUGUCAGCUUGGACAAUGGAACUUUCAAGUCAUUUCUUAAAUUAGAAGUGAAGAAGGAAAAGAAGCUUGCACAGGAAUUAGAUGAACCUUACAUGUUGAACUGGAAAUGUAAGACUCAAAUUUGGAGAGACAAUAGACCGAUCUAUAAGAUUGAUGAAUAUAUUAAUGGGUAUGCAGAUGGAAACAGUAACUCUUACGAGUUGCAAGUUCCAUUUUUAAGGAACUUUUGGUCAGGCUUCCUUACAUUCUUGAGCAAUGGUGGUGAAAAUAGUUUGACCAACUUAACUGUUAGUCAAACUAUUUAUGAAAGCAAUGAAAUGGAAAAGAACAAUUUUGAAUUGGAUAAUCCUUCUAUUUCAAUAAGAGGGUACUUAAUCCAUCAUUUCAAAAUUGCUGAUGUUUAUUGUGGGGGAGUAACCUUUAACAUAAUUAAAUUGACUAAUGGUAAUAUCACUGGAUCAAUUGACGAAGAAGAUGACAAUGCAACAGUAAUUGCAGAAUCUUCCCCUUACAAAUCAUCUCCCAAACUGGAGAGUAUCAACACUCUGGAUGGAGCUAAAGAUUUAAAGGUAGAUGUCAGUCGAGCACAUACUGUGAUGCCAGGUCCUGCAAGUGCCCCAAUUUACAAUGCUCAUGUUGUUAACAAAUUAAAUCAAGAUUCUCUCAGGCAACAAGAGAAGAUUAGGAUGCAAUUACAAAUUCAGAAACAAAUGCACAUGCAAAGUAAUCACAUUAGUCCGCAAAUGCCACAACCACAUCCACAACAUCAACAGAGCUUGAAUGAACAACCAACUCGGGGACCAUUUUCAACACAAGCCCAGGCUUUCCAAAAUCCUCUACAAACUCAGCCACAAUUUGAGGAGAGCCCUGCUAUCGCUCAGCACCCAAUGUUAACGACUUCUCAAUCUACAGGUAACAUACACCAGUUCUUGCAUCACACUGGAAGACAAAUAUCUCCCAACUCAGCUAUACCUACACCUCCAAACCAAAAUAGUCAAGCCAGCAAAGAAUUUGGAACUCCGAAUGCUGCAUCUCCAAGUAUUAGUAGCGUGGACUACAAUGGAAGCCAACGUCAGGUUCAUAGAACGAUGCAACAUCCAGCUCAGCAGCGCCAAGGACAAAAUAACCAAUUUCCUCCUGGCCCACAAGUUCAGCUUCAACAAGGACAAGUGCCAAUUCCACAACAUUCCACGUCACCGCCUCUUGGAUUACAAGCUGGUCAAAUGCAAGAACAAAUGCUAGUGCAGCAAAUAGUCCCAGGUUUUACUCCUGGAAAUAUGAUACGCACCGAAGUUGACGAACAAUUAAGUCAAUUACAGCAACACCAGUUCCCUCCAAAUCAGCAGCCACACCUUCCCCAACAACAGCAACAGCAUCAACAACAUCAGCAUCAACUACAACAGCAUCAGCAACAGUAUCCAAAUCAGCAACUUCAAGAACAACAGCACCCAAAUCAACAUCUUCAGCAACAGCAUUCAAACCAGCAACUUCAUCCACAGCAGCAACAACUACAACAACAACAACAGCAGCAACAACAACAACAGCAGCAGCAGCAGCAGCAACAAAUGUUUAUGAUGCAACAACAUUUUCAGCAACAACAACAACAACAACAACAACAACAGCAGCAGCAGCAGCAGCAUCAACAGCAACAACCACAGCAACAAAAUCUACAACAAACACAAAUUCCACUCCGUCUUGAUCAACUGCAAGUUCAGCAGCAAUUCCAAUUGGCUCAGAUGCAAUUCCAAGCGCAGAGAGCACAGCAAAUACAAACACAACUGGGACAAGAACGCUUUUCUAACAACAAACAACACAAGUCAUCCCAUAGAUCGUUUGCUGGUAAACAAGAAAUCAAGGAAAACAAGCAGAGAGAAAUUACCUUUGGGCCCAUAUUGGAGUAUGACCCUUCGAGUCAACCAGGUGCUAACUUGAGGAAACAAGCUUCCAAUGGACCUCUGGAGAACGGGAUCUAUCGGUUCCCAGUAAAUACGCAGGUCAGUAUGUACAAACCGAAAAAGAAAUAG